UCCAGUUGUUUUCAGCUGAACUCGAUCUCCAGUCUGAAGCUCCUCCAGUGUUUGUAGAGAAGCUGAAGCUCCUGCAGGUGAACUCUCAGGAACAAGAGUCCAGAAAGUCAGUCAUGGCUUCCUCCAGCAGUGUCCUGUCUGAAGAUCAGCUCCAGUGCUCUCUCUGUCUGGAUGUGUUCACUGAUCCAGUCUCGACUCCAUGUGGACACAACUUCUGCAUGGUGUGUCUCAAAGAGUGCUGGGACAGCAGUCCACGCUGCCAGUGUCCAUUUUGUAAGGAGGAGUUCUCCAAAAGGCCUGAGCUACGUGUGAACACGUUCAUCUCUGGACUGGCUGCUCAGUUCAGGAAGUCAGAUCAGGUGAAGUCCAGCAGAGCUCCAGAAAAACCUCCCUCCAAACCUAAAAAGGUGCUGUGUGAAUCCUGCACUGAGGAAAAGCUGGAGGCUCUAAAGUCCUGUCUGAGCUGUGUGAACUCUUACUGCAAGAUUCAUCUGGAACCUCAUCAGAGAGUUUCUUCAUUAAAGGAACACAAACUGAUGGACCCUGUGGAGAACCUGGAGGACUACAUCUGCCAGAAACACCAGAGACCCCUGGAGCUGUUCUGUAGAGACGACCAGACGUGUGUGUGUCAGUUCUGCACUGAGGGAGACCACAAGACUCACAGCACUGUUCCUGUAGAGGAGGAGAGUGGACAGAAGAAGAUUCAGCUGAUGAAGACCCAGGCAGAAGUUCAGCAGAUGAUCCAGGACGAACUAAAGAAGAUUGAGGAAAUCAAACACUGUGUAGAGCUCAACAAAAGAAACACAGAGAAGGAGAAAGCAGACAGUGUGGAGGUCUUCAGAGCUCUGCUGAGCUGCAUUGAGAGAAGCCAGGCGGAGCUGCUUGAGGUGAUGGAGGAGAAGCAGAAAGCAGCAGAGAGGCAGGCUGAAGAGUUCAUUAAAGAGCUGGAGCAGGAAAUCACUGAGCUAAAGCGGAGAGACACUGAGCUGGAGCAGCUCUCACACACUGAGGACCACCUCCACCUCCUACAGGUUUACCCGUCCCUCUGCAGCCGUCCACUCACCAAGAACUGGACUGACGUCAGUAUUAAGACUCAUCUGAGUGUGGAGACUCUGAGGGGAGCUCUGUCUCAGCUUCAGCAAUCACUCAGUGAGGAGAUGGAGAAGCUUCCUGACAUCAAAAUGAAGAGAAUUCAACAAUAUGCAGUGGAUGUAACUCUGGAUCCUGAAACAGCAAAGCCAUACCUCAUCCUCUCUGAUGAUGGGAAACAAGUAACACAUGGAGACACUCGACAGAAUCUCCCUGAUAAUCCAAAGAGGUUUGAUGGUUGUGCCUGUGUUCUGGGAAAGGAGGGGUUCUCCUCAGGGAGAUUUUACUAUGAGGUGCAGGUCAGAGGGAAGACUGAGUGGGAUAUAGGAGUGGUCAGAGAGUCCUUCAACAGGAAGGGUCUGAUUAAAGCCAGCCCUAAGAAAGGAUACUGGUCUGUGUGUCUGAGGAAUGAGACUGAAUAUAAAGCUCUGGACACUCCCUCUGUUCCACUCUCCCUGAAACAGGCCCCCCAGAAGGUGGGGGUGUUUGUGGAUUAUGAGGAGGGUCUGGUCUCCUUCUAUGAUGUUGAGUCCAGAUGUCAUAUUUACUCUUUCACUGGUCAGUCUUUCAAUGAAAAGAUCUAUCCGUUGUUUAGCCCCUGUCCCAAUGAUGGAGGUAAAAACUCAGCACCACUGAUCAUCACACCUGUUCAACAUUGUAAAUGAGGAUCUUUUCUCACACAGAAACAUUUUAGGAUGUGAAAAACUGACUAGUCACAACUUUACAGACUGUAACUGAAAGUGUUAUUUAUAUAUACAGUACUGUGCAAAAGUUUUAAGCAUCUGAGAAAAUGAUAUCAAAAACUAUUUAUCUGACAAGUAUUUACGUAUUUAGACAAUCAGUAAUAUUAAAAUAAAUAUAAAUAACAUUAAUAUAAUGAGGAACUGUCACGCCUUCUGCCGAGGAUGCCUCCUCCACCUGUUCCUUUUCGCUCAGAUCCCUUGAGUCCUUGAACGGCCCCGAGGACUACAACUCCCAUGAAUCAGUGGGAGACCACGUGACUCCUACUCCACCGACAUCAACCAAUGAACAUUAAUUUCAGCGUUCAGCCUCACCAGAAUUCUAAACUGUCACACCUGUUUUUCAUCACAGCUUAUUAGCCAGUUUGUAUAUAAAGCCCGGGCUUUAGCUUAGAACUUUGCGAAGUAUUGCCACCCCUUUUUUGUUGCGUACUGAGCAUUCUUUGUUUGCAAGUUUUUUCGUGUAUGACCUGUUUUUCAUAUUUCUGACCUGCCCUUUUUGUCUUUGCCCUUUUUUGGUUUGUUCGCUGGAUCCUGUAUGAGAUUUUGAUUUUUUGAACUCGGACUGGUUUCUAGCUCUCUGGUUCUGACCCUCGCCUGUUUUGACUACGCCCUCUGUACAUCCAUCAAAACCUCAAGUAAACUUCAACCUUGUCCUUUUACCUGCGAGCGUCUGAUCUGUGUUGACAUCGUAACAGGAAAGAGUUUUUGUGUGUCAGUGUGA